UCCUAGACUUUAAGAUAGUUCAGUCGGCCUUUGGAGCGGAACCAGAGAGUAACGCGGUGCGGUGGCGGCCGUUUGUUGACUUAGUAGCCACGACUAAUUCUCGCGGUGUUUGGAGUAGCAACAGCACUGUUUGCUUUACCAUUGUCCGAAUCAUAAGAAAAAGACUGUCGAUGUGUUUUCACAAUUUUAAUCAAGCCACGAGCCAAGAAUUUUGCCCUCGAGAAAGAUAACAAGAGUGUUCUGAUUUGUAUACGGAACCUUGGCGACCCCAGUGGCUUGAGACAGUCAAAGUCGACGGAAAAGACGGGAUUAUACCUGAUAGACGGCGCCCACGGGUGCCCACGCCCGUGGUAAGGACUGCCGGUCCGCCCGUCCACCCGCUUCCUGCCGCCCACCUCCGCCCGCACACUUCCGCUAACUUGACAAUAAAGAGUCGUGGUAGUGAGUGCCUGCCGACUAGUGUAUAGCUGGUGGUGCUAUAGCUGGUGGUGCUGUAGCUGGUGGUGCAGUGAAAAUAAUCGAGAAGUGUGUGCUUGUAUGUGUUGGUGGUGACUGGCGGUGCUGGGUGGCGGCGCUGUCUUCAUUGUCUGCACCGCCGUUCUCAACGGCAUCCUCGCCACCGCCCUCCAUCCGUCCUGGCCGCCACCGCCUCUACCUGUGUCUAAGAGGACAUCUCCGAGUCUACCUCAGCACGAGGUAGGCCCCAGAAUGCUGUGUAGCCAUGUGUGAUCAAUGGUCAGCUUACCCCGUGAAGAUGCAUACCCUUUUUGGCGACCAACAGUCCUACUACCGCCAUGCCGCCGCCACCUACCCGCCGGCGGCGCUGCAGCAGAUGUCCACCAUGGCUCCUAACGCCUACUGUUAUGACGGCUACAGUGCUAUGGGGCGUUACCACCCCUACGGCUAUAACCCCCAGCAACACCCUCCUCCUAAGGACAUGGUGAAGCCGCCCUACUCAUACAUUGCCCUCAUCACUAUGGCCAUCCAAAACAACCCAGACCAACGUGUCACUCUCAACGGCAUCUACCAGUUCAUCAUGGAGAGGUUUCCCUACUACCGGGAGAACAAGCAGGGCUGGCAGAACUCUAUCAGGCAUAACCUGAGCCUUAACGAGUGCUUCGUCAAGAUUCCUAGAGACGACAAGAAACCGGGGAAGGGAUCGUACUGGACACUGGACCCUGAGGCGCGCAAUAUGUUCGACAAUGGCUCUUACUUACGCCGCCGGAAGCGCUUCAAGAAGAAGGAUGCCAGCGUCACUCGCGAGAAGGAAGAUGUCCUCAAGAGGCAGCAAGAACAGCAGCAGCAACACACGCCUACGGGCGCUGAGGACCAGCGACCGCAGCAGCCUGAUGGCACUGCUGUGGGGCUUCCACAGCAGCCGCAGCAGCAGCCACAAGCAGCUCAACAGCCGCAGCAGCCUGGACCUGGGCAGCAGCAGCACCCGCAGCCUCGGUCUGUGGUACCAGGUCAGCAGGAAGGGGAGGGGGUGCAGGUGGGGGGCGGCACCCCUAUCUCGCCCCUCUGUCAGCCCAAGACAGAGCCUCAGGACUCCCCAGACCUCCCAGCAGCCUGCCUUCCUGAGGUGAAGGCUGCUGCCCACACGCCACCCUUGCACGCCCACACCCACACGCCGCCCUUACACAACCACACUCCGCCCUUACACGCCCACGGACACCUGACCUCCAACAAUCUGCCCACCUCCUCAGCAAGCGGCGGAGGCCACGAGGGGUCUUAUUUGGAGGUAGGUUCCUCCUUCAGCGUGGACUCCCUAGUGCCGGGGUCGCGGGAGGUGGUAGGACGGGAGGCCAGCCCAGGAACACUGCUAACGGAGGCUCAGCAGCAGCAGCAGUACCGUUCUAACAUGUACUACGACACCAUGGGUUACUGUCAGUACACCGACGCCAGGGCUCCGUCAGUCUUCCCGGCGCCUGCCGCUGACGACAUGACCGCGUGCGGCAGCGCCGCCAUGAACGGCAGCAGCCCCGUGGUUGGCGGCAUGACCAUGCAAGCGGCGGCGGCGGCGGCAGCUUAUUCCCGAUCCCACAGCUCGUGGUACACGCAGCCUCUGGAGACGACAGCAGGCGGCGCCGGCGGUGACAGCGGCUUCCCGAACGUGCGGGACAUGUUCGAAUCCCAGCGGCUCCUGACGAACCCUUCCUGUCAGCUAGGUUUCCGCGCCUCCUACAAGUACCCCACGUACUAUGACGACACUGCCAAGUACUGAAGUUCCGCCAAUACGUUCUGAGGACCAGCCAGGCGCCCCACACCGCCCAAUAACAGUGGGUGACGGGCAUGGGCGGUAGUGCUCUCGUGGGUUGCAGGUGGCAGGUUCCCUCCCACCAGUCUAGUGAAACCAAAGAGAACAUUUUGAGAGUAGGGCGCCCAUGCACGCCCACCCCUGAGUAAAGACAUGUGUAGUCGUGGGUGGUGAGACGCCCACGCCCGCCCACAAGUGUGUGUGUGUUAUUAACCCACGGUGAUUUCAGCAGAGCUACUACUAGCCCCUGUGUACUUGCCGACAGUGCAUGCGCCUUCAGCUAUGUACGUAUAGACAAAUCUAUGUACGUAAAAAACAGUUUCCAUGUACGCAUAGGACUCUCCUAUGUGCGUAUAAUGGAAAAAUCAGUGUACCUCUAGGACAGACCGAUGUGUAUAUCAUGGUAUUAUUUAAUUAACAUUGUGUAACAUACGCAUAAUAUAUAUAUGAAAGCUUUUCAUAGAAAUUUGGUUUCAUUUUCAC